CGGGUCUUCGGGCAGAUAGUCGUGAACCCGUCUGCCGUGCAGACGUUCGCUGUUCGGAUUCGUUUAAGUCGCGUUCGUCGCAUGUCCUUCGGCUUUUCGUAAGUCUCAUCGUUCGGUAACUCUGCUAUAGUGCGCGACCUGUACGUUCUCAAAGAGUGUAAAUAACAAUUAAUACGUGGACCUGAUCGGCGCGAGUUCCGCGAUGACGGCUGCUACGAAGCACGAGCAAGCAAACCAAUCCUGUCGCCGUGACUCAGACCCUUUUACUUUUCUUCGUACCUCGUGCCUCUCGCUCGACCGCUUCGCCUCCUUUCUAUCGAGCUGAUUCCGUGGUCCAUGCACGCAACGAACGAUAGAGUGUUCUCUCUUUCUGAAUUCUUGGUCCGUCUUAUCACCGCGGUGUUUCGUCUUGGAAAACGGAUGGUAUUCCCCGUGCAUUCCUUAAACCUUUCCCGUUCGUAUUAUGCACGAUACCUGCGUUACUGCCGUAGCACUGUGUGCUGGAGGAUGCUCGUAGUGUAAGAACGCUUCCCUCACAAUUGUGAUUCAUCCGGUGGCGAGAGCAAGUGGAAGAAACGCAAAGUAGGUGAAUAACAGGUGUCAGGCUUCGUGAUUUGGGGCGUGUGACGAUCCGAUUGUUUAUGGAAGUGAAUUCGAUAUCACCAGCGACGGUAGUCCAGCAAAAACAUAUCGGCUGAUAGUGUAAAAACGCGGUUCAACGGUUCGCGCUAUCGGCCGUGUGUAUACAAUAAGCGGCGAAGGGUGGGCUCGUCACGUUUGUUUGUCGACGAUAUACGCGUGUUCCUGCGACUAUAUUUAGUGAGAAUCAGUUUCGGAGCACAGGAACGCCGCGUUCUCCAUCCUUCGUAAUCGUCUCCCUCGCUCUCUUCUUUUCCCUCGUGCGGCACGGAGGAAGCGUAAGGUGAAUUUAAGGGAACUCGACCGCUGGACCGGUCGCAAGGAACAUAUGCCGUGUUCGUGUAAACUUUAUAGCGCAUGUAACAUGCGCUAGACGAUCCCGAUUCGAUUUCAAGCUAAAGGUAUUAUCCGCUUUCAAAAGUUUUCUUUCAUCUGGAUAAAAUAUUUGUUCACGAACUUGAAAGGUUGCAACAAAUAUCAGUACGAACAAAUGUUCAUGCGUUUAGUCGAUGAGUCAUCUUGUUUAGAUGAUUAAAAACGCACGUAUGAUUAUGUAAUGUUCGUCCAUGAGCGAUUCUUGAAUAAACGUUAUCAAGGGCCGUACAUAGCGUGAAUCACGAAACGUGAAUCGUGACAUGUGAUCGAGCCGUAGAGGUCGGUGAACAUGUUGAACGCAGAGAGUAGCGAGGAGUCACCGAAACGUAGGUCGACGUUCUACGUGUCGUUGGACACCGAUGGUCGGCAGCCCUCGAAAAUCCCGAAGACGACCGGUGCCGAAACGAGCGACAAGUUCAUCAGCAACACGUAUCCGAUCACCACGUCGAAGACGGUGCCGAACGUGGUGUUAACGCGGACAUUGAGCAACAGCGAGUCGCUGUCGAGCUCGAAGGAGUCGUUCCCGGAGCCGCGGGGCAAGGUGCAGUCGUUGACGAAGAUCUUCGAGACGCCGAAAGCGAGCUCGACGUCGAACGGAACGCAGCAACCGGAUCCAAGGAAGAAGGUCGAAAGGACCAGAUCGUUCAAGACCAUCGAGAGGUUUCAGAGUCGGUUCACCGGUAGGAAGGAUGCUAGCAAAAAAGACAGUCGCUUGAACAACACCAUAGCGUGUUUCGAGGUGGAAGACGAGAAGAAGAAGACCGAGCAACAAGAGAAACGUUCCAGCGUGAAGAAUCACGAAGCGAAAUCGAACGGAAGGAUCGCCGGUCCUACCACGGAGUCGAGGAGCAAACAGAAUGGCAGCACCACGUUCACCAACUUGUUGAUACGCAGAACGCACAGCACCAAGGUAGUCAGAAGUACGAGCACCUUGGUGAAGACUAGCGGAAGACACGCGUCGGUGGAUAGUCCGUGUCCGGUUGUCGCGACACCCACUAGGCCGGAGAAUCAUCGCACGAACAGCGAGAAAUCGAAGGAGGACGAAACGCCGGACGAUUCCGUCGCGGAUAACGACGAAGGAACCGAGUCUUCGGUGUUCGAGGACGCAGACGCCGAUGCUGGGAUACAUUCAGACACGUCCUACGAGAAGGCUUGUCGAAGGGGUAGCGCGCCGGCCACCCCUGUCCUCGGAGCACGACCCCUGGACGUCACCCCCAACAGAAUCGUCAACUUCUUCUCGAAGAGGUCGUUCCGGUCUAACCCGUUGAAGAGGACGAAGAGCGUGACGAAGCUCGAGCGACAAAAGCAACGCGGCGCCGGUCUUCGGGGUUGCCGUUCGCACGAGUCCCUACUUUGCGGACAGGCUGUGACCUCGAUGGACCUCGCGGCCGUGACACCGCUCCAUCCGAGCCUGCUCGGAAGACCUCACUGCUUCCAGGUCACACCCAGCACCGGCGGACCAAAGUAUUUCAGUUGCAGGACCGCUCACGAACGGGACCAGUGGUUACACAGCUUAAGGAAAUCCGUCCAACCGGACGCAGAGCAGACAAGGCGAACGGACAACUCGCUGCAGAUUUGGCUGCUCGAGGCGAAGGGUGUACCGGCUAAGAAACGAUAUUUCUGCGAGGUCUGCCUGGACAGCACUUUAUACGCGAGAACCACCGCGAAGCUGAAGGCCGACUUAUGCUUCUGGGGCGAGCACUUCGAUUUUCAUCAUUUACCAUCCGUGAACACCAUACAGGUAAACCUGUACAGAGAAGCCGAUAGGAAGAAAAAAAGGGACAAGAAUGUUUUGAUCGGUUCCGUCAGUAUACCAGUGCAUAACGUGACUUCGCGAUACCUAACAGAGAAAUGGUAUCCGGUGCAGGGCGACAAAGGUCCCCUGAAGGAACCACCGGCACUCAGGGUGAAGUGUCGUUUCCAGUCGGUGGACAUAUUACCCGUUCAGGUGUACCAGGAAUUCCUCGAGUAUCUCAAGACGGAUUACGCGUCCUUGUGCGAGAAAUUGGAGCCGAUAAUCACCGUCAAAGCGAAAGAGGACAUCGCGACAGCAUUGGUCGCCGUCAUGCAACGUGAGAAGAAAGCACCACAGUUUCUCGCCGAUUUGGUCAUGAUGGACAUACACAGAAUAGAUGACGAGAGGCUCACGUUUCGAGGGAAUUCCUUGGCGACGAAGGCGAUGGAGGCCUACCUGAAGUUGACGGGCGACAGGUACCUGCAGGAGACCUUGGGCGCGGUAGUGAGGGGCGCGGUGGAGGGUGGCGACUGCGAGGUAGAUCCACUGAAGGUCGCCUCGGUGGCGGCUCUUCACAAGCAACAACAGAAUCUGCGGAACGCCGUAGAACUCGCCUGGAGCAGAAUACUCGCCAGCCACGCUCAUUUUCCUCUCGAGUUGCGCGAGUGCUUCCGUAUAUUUCGCGAACGUCUCGCCGACAUGGGCCGCGAGGAUAUUGCCAACAAUCUGAUCUCGGCGUCCAUAUUCCUGAGAUUCCUCUGUCCAGCCAUCUUGAGCCCGUCCCUCUUCAACAUCACACACGAAUAUCCGAACGAAAAAGCGGCAAGGAAUCUCACUCUCGUGGCAAAGACGCUUCAAACUUUAGCGAAUUUCACAAGAUUCCAGGGAAAGGAAAACUUUAUGGAAUUCAUGAACGACCUCCUGGAACGUGAAGCUCCAUCCAUGAAGAAUUUCCUUCAGUUGAUUAGCAGCACACUACCGAAAGAUGCGCCGGCGAACAAUUCCUUAGAGUUCGAUGGUUACAUAGAUCUCGGGAAGCAACUAUCUCUACUGCACGCUCUCCUGCGCGAAAGUUUGGUCACGUUAUCUUCGUGUUCUCCGUCGCUACCUCCGCCGAGGUUACAGGAAAUUCUCGACAGGAUCUCAAUGGCUCUGGAUCAGUCGGGUCCUAGCCCAGUGCCCGCACCUCAUCGAUAUCCAAAUCUGCAGAACAAUAUCUUCCGCUACAAUGAUCCGACGAUCGCCAAUAGUAACACCAAUCUAUCGAUCUCGGCUACAUCUACGUUGAGCAAUCAUAGCACUCUUAACGGGACGAUUCGCGACAGCAACGAAGUGUUGCAAUCGAAUACAUUGGGUCACAACAAUUCUCGGAGUCCGAACGUAGCUAGGGCCGCAACUCUUCCUCGAAACGCAUACAUGCCGGCGAACGGGAAGCUUCAGUUGCAAAUCACAACGGACGAUUACCCUCUGGAGCCACCGGCGUUCGUUUCGCGUUCACCUACACCAAUUGUGAGACAGCACAGGGCGAUAGGAUCGAACAGGACCGGCGCGGGAUACAGAUUAACCGCCAGUGCGAGUCUGGCAAACGUAAAUCACUGCCAGACGCAUCCGACCAGUCCCACGAGAUCAGAAAGUCACAGCAAUCUGAAGGAUUCGAAUUACAACAUCACUUCAUCGCAGAAUCAGUCAAACAACUGCACGAUUAUGUCCCAGCAGCAGCAGCAGCAGCAAAACCAUAGACACAACAUAACGCGAUUGCAGAACCUAGAUAUUCACGACAGGGAAGACAAUUACAAUCAUAAUAAUUACAACGUAUCACGAUCAGCAAGUAGGAACCAUUGCAAUAAGGAAGAGAACGCGAACCAGAUGCAGCAUCAGAAUUAUAAUAACGUAUCGAAGACCACGGUGAACGCGAACGUUGUGAACCCAUCGUCGAAUCUGACGUUGUCCAUCAACCAUCAGCCGAACAACAAUUACAACAGCAAAACGAAUAGUACGGCAGCAAAUGGCAAUUUGGACGAAUUGUCGGAUCUUUUGAGGUACGCUGACGAUGAGGUGUCGGAGUCGAAAUCGCAAAAAGGAUCGCAGAUUUCGAUUUCUCAGUUAAGUAAUGUCGCGUCCUCGGGUUAUCAGAGCUUCGCGGCUUACAGUCAAAGCUCCAGCCCGGUGGAUCUCAGCAGCAACAACGCAAACACGCACAUAUUAAGCGCCGCGCCGUUGGCUUUUGCUAAUCCGGUUUAUCACAUGGAAUCAAACCACGGGAGGAACGGAAGGAGAGGUAGCAGCAGCUCGGAGGAACGAGAUGGGAGCGGAGGCGGCGUUGAGGGCGUGAGAGGCGUUGAUCUUAGCCCAUCACCACCACCACCCCAGAACAACGUGAGGAACCUCCAGCGAAACACUCAAAAUCAGUGGAGGCAAACCAACCAAACACACAGAAAUAAUUCGGAACAAAAUCAGGAUGUCUGCUACACGAAGCUGAGGCGGAGAUUAUCGUUGGACUCGACGCGAGAUCUGUCAGACACCAGCGAGGAGGAGAGCUGCACAACGAGGAAGAGCAAAUCUCGCAGUCAUCGAAGCAUCGAUCAGUACGAAGUGGAAAUCGAGAGGCUGCAGAGUAGCGUAGAUCGACUGAGGGCACGCUUAGGCGCAACCGAGGAUACCGAUAUAGACGGCAUUGCACCGGAUACCAAGAUGAAGAGCAUCAUCUCCAGGUUGAUCUCUGUGGAGGAGGAACUGCGACGCGAACAGCAGAAGAUGUCGGCCGCGUUGUCGUACAAGCAGCGCGUGAUCGACGCGCAGGAGCAGCAAAUAGCCGCACUGGACGCCGCGAAUUCGCGUCUAAUGACGUCAAACACAAGACUGUUGUCCGCAUUGAGCACCCUGAAGCAACGGUACAACGCGAAGUCGAACCAGUCGAGCAGCGAAGCGGCCGCGUUGCUACAGAACAUCGCUGAUAUCGGCGAACUGAAAAGCUCGUCCUGUUAAGAGACUCGCCAUUAUCGCCAGUUUUAUAAUUUCCGCUCGUAAACCAUGCAGGAACAUUCAGUGAACCGACAUAUAAUUAUUAACGACAUCAGUUUGAAGCUGUUCUUGUUAGAAGAUCACCUGGCAAUUUCCCAGUUUCCGCUUAAAGAUCACGCUGAAAUUAUAAACGCUAGAUGAAGAGUAUUAGUAUGUAAUGCGGACGGCUUUAUCUGUUGAAACACCACUUGGACAUCCUCACCAUCCUCUCAUUUCCGGUCGAAGAUUACGCAUCAAGUAAUCUAGCGUAGUAAGUCGCGGAUUUAAACGGAAAAACGAAAAAUUGUCGGGUUUGAUAAAUUCUAAAUUCAGCUGAAGUCUGCCGAAAUUAAUCAGUCUCGAGGUGGAGACAUUUCGCGUUUAAGAUGCUUCAGGAUAGCGGAAAAAGUAGCAUCAGUUCGGGUUCCUGAUCUAGGAUUUCGGAUCUCCUUGCUGUUUCUUCGCUUGGCAACGUAUGUUUGAAGGAGACACGAGAAACGAGUUUCACGAAGAGAUAACACUCGCUAGAUUUGACGAACGUAGGCGGAGUGGAAGAAAUAUACAAGUGAAGUAAAAACGAAGGGGAGAGUGAGUGAGUGAAAGAUGUACGAAAAUAGAGGCUACCUAGUACAGUAGUGGGUACUACUGUAAAUAGGCAAACGGUUUAAGUAGAUAAUUUAUGUCGAGUUUAAUCGUGACACAUAGCGUUUAGAAUUAAUUUGUAUCGAUCGGGUUUGAUCUGGCGAGGUCUCGCGUCACGAUCCACUCGAAUCUCUAAUUUGUGUCGCUUCUAAAAAAGUCCACGUGUUUCUGUUUGCAACUGCUAGCCGAGUAAAAUCAAGUGACUUCGUUCUUCGUUGAACGCGAAUGAGCUGGAAAGUCACAGUCGUUAAAAAUGAAGGGAUAUGAAUUUCUCGAUGAUUUCAUCAAGAAUUAUUCGAGUCGAUCAACUCCUCUUCGAAUGAAAACGGACAAACGAGAGACAAACGGAAGCAAGAUAGUGAGCGAUGCCUGUCUCUUCCUUUGUUCCAAUUUCUUUAGCGUUUUUUCUCUUUUCCGUUGUCCGUUCCAGCAUCGUCGUGUAUUAUACAUGUACCUUUUGAUGCACAGCCGCAUGCACCGUAAGAUUAGUAUAAUAGUAAUGCGGAAAGUUACGUCGUGUAUUAAAUUUUGAUGCGUCCUCCUGCGGCAUCCAGAUACAAGCGUAUUAUAUACGCUUCAGGUUAUUAGACAAAUGUUUUAUGAGCAACAGUUCUGAAAUCAUUUCACUUUGAUACAGUAUUGUUUUUUAACCGCCCACCGCAUGUAAUAUACUAAGUAUAUAUUAUGAAGUUGCGGUACUCCCAAAAACUUCGUAUUAAAUCUCUACGGCAGAAUUAAAAAAAUUAAUACAUUAUUCAGGAUUAAUCUGAAAAACUGAUACGCUAACGCUUAUGAAACUAAAGACUAGUAAAACGGGUUUAAAGUUCUGAAAUCAGUAAAUAAAUUGAUAAAAUGUAAUCACAAGAAAAUUUCGAGGCAAAAAUAUAGAAAGUAUAAAGAUCUUAUUCAUAUUAAAGUGCCAAAACGAAACAAAUGAAAAGAAAGUUAAUAAUAAAAAAUGAUUUUAGAUUAAUAAUCAGUAUAGAUGAGAUAAUAUUAAAUACAAGAAUAUACAGUAGAUAUUUAAAAAUCUAUUCGUUUUAUAAGGAACCGCGCUCGGAGAAAGAAUUUCGCAUUCUUAUUAACAAUUCGUACUCGACGAAUAUAAGAACAAUUUUAUUAUAAACUUAGUUUUUCUUCUAGACAUGUGUUCACACUAUUGAAACUUGUACGUAGGUAUGAGCAUUUUUAAUUAAAUAUACACAUUUCACCGCAACAAUUUUUGUACGUCUAUAUUUGAAAUAGCUUCUAUCGAUGCAACGCAUGCGUCAGUAAAUAGCAUUAAUACUUACACAAUUUCGACUGAGUAUUCAUAACGAUUCUAUCGUCUUUUAUACGAUUUUUGCAAUUUUUAAACAAUUUCUAAUCAAGUAUUAUACGCAUAUUUGCAAUCACUAUAUUAAAGAGAUAUGAUUUCAGAACCCGCACUAACAAAAGAUUCGUGAACUAAUCUGCAAGCGCAGAAAAUACACUUGACAAGGCACACGGCGUAUUUUUCGACGACGUAACAUCCUCAAGCACUGAAACGUACUUCAUGACCUUUGUACAAUGCAUGUAUAUUUUUCUAGUUUACCUCGCGCGCUGCGUUUAAGUAGAAAAGAAAAAGAAAAAAACGCGCAUAUUUCUGUAUAGUGUUCGUGUUUAUUUAAAAAAUCUAACGACGAGUGUUAUCGCACGCGUCAGAACGAAGCGAUGAAGAGGUGAUUAAUUAGUUGUAUGAAGAAAUAAGAUUGAGCAGAAAAAGAAAGAAUGUUCACUGUCACGCUUCGUGAAAGCUUCUUACGCAUUCGAGCGGAACACCAAUUUCUUAUAGUAUAAGCGACAAUAUUAUAAUUUAUUUAGUAGUUUCUACCAAAGAUGAAGAGAGGUUUCUGAUUGUAAAAAAAGAGAGAGAGAGAGAGAACAUCACGAAUAGUUUAAUUGUAAGAUAUUUUUCGUUUCUCCGCUGCCGUUGUUGUGCGUCGCUCGAUACGCUAAAAUUAAUCGAGUUUAAGAAAAGAGAAAAGUUCAUUGCGAUUAUAAAAGAGUCUUCUACUUCCUCAUGGAAGGGAAGUUUCCCUUUGGAUGCACCCGACGUCUUUCUCUCGUAUCGAUUGUACGUACGCGUUUCCCUUUUUUGAAAAAUAUAAAUUUCUGCACAGCGCAAGGCGUCCUGCAUGACAAUUAGACGGUCUGAUUUAUUCGCGACAAGCGUUAUUAAUUAUUACGUUUUUACAUCACAAAUAAUUAUAUAUAAAUAUAUAAAUAUAAUUAUCAUCGUAGCCGUUGUGUAGCGAAAUACACGUGUGCUAGUGUCGAAAGAAGAGAACAUGUAUGAAAAAAAUGAAUUGUAUGCAUGCGUCCGUUGCGAAAUACGUGUGUGCGUGAAUGAAAAAAUGGAUGACGAUUCAAUCUAAUCUCAUUAUAAAGAAAAGAAGUAUUAUCUCAUCGACUUGUAUCAUAGCUCCAUCGUCGAGCGUUCGUAAGAACGUUUUUUUAUUUCUCUCGCUUUUUGCCGAUUAUUUUUGUAUAGAGAUACUUAUCUAUAUUUUCUUCCCCGAUUUGUUCUGCGUCUAUUCUUCCUCUUGUGUAUCCCCCAUUUUUUUUUAUACUUUCUUUAACGCGAUUACUUUACAAUCCUUAAAGCUAUUGCCGAAUCAUUGUUUAAAUCAGUGUUGACACAGCAAAAUUAAUGUAUUUAACGAACUUCCCUUCCCCUCUUGUUGGACAAUGUAUAAUCGACGACCGAUUAAAAUUGAAUCUAUUUAAAUGCGACUCUGAAUAGCGUGUACAUUGCUAAGUUCUUUGAUAUAUUCGUUUCUGCAAUACAUCAAUCUGUAUUUAAGCGUAUAGCGUUUAUUAGUAACAGUACAUGAGCAAAUAAAUAUGAUUAGACAUA